AUGGCGGAAGAUUCGCGGGGCAGGAUUCCGAUCCUAAUGCUGAAGACCAAGUCAGUACCAACAGACACGUACGAGGAACUCUUUCUUACCUGCGAUGGCCACCGCUAUGCACCCGUCUUUGUGCCCGUUCUGGAACACCGAUUCAGGCGGGAUGCCCUCAAUGAGGUACAACAGAGUGUCACCAGCCGAGGCUUUGUGCCCAAAUCGCAAGAGGGCCUUGCAAAAUACGGUGCUCUAAUUUUCACCUCUCAGCGUGCCGUCGAAGCCUUCACUGAGAUCGUGGAGGAAGUUCGGAGAGAAGGAAAAUACGCAGUCGAUGAUUUGCUUCCCGAGGACCUUCCCCUAUAUGUUGUUGGUCCAGCCACAGCUCGCGGUCUGAGAGCAUUGAAUUUACGCUGUCCGAUUCUCGGCGAGGAGACUGGUAAUGGCGAUGCUCUGGCAGCCUAUAUACUGGAACAUUACAACAGCGUUUACCCGGACGCUACAAAGCCGCCAAUUCUUUUCCUCGUUGGCGACAAACGGCGGGAUAUAAUACCUAGGACACUCCAAGCAGAGCAGCUUGGUUCGAAGACGUCACGGGUGGACGAGGUGGUGAUAUACGAGACUGGUGAAAUGGAUUCAUUCAAGGCUGAAUUCUCAACGAUCUGGCGAAAUAAUGCAGACCAAGGAUCCAAGUGCCAAUGGGUCGUUGUAUUCUCCCCAACCGGGUGUCAGGCUAUGCUUGAGAGCCUGAGUCUCCUCGAUGCCAAAAACGGGAAAGCGAAGCCAGGUGUUCGCCAGAGGGACGUCUUUGUAGCGACCAUUGGGCCCACGACUCGCGAUUACCUUAUUCAUGAAUUUGGCUUCACCCCUGAUGUCUGUGCAGAGAAGCCAAGCCCUGGGGGCGUAGCUGAGGCUAUUAGAGCCUUUAUAGAGCGGCAAAGAUGA